AUGUCGCUGGAUUCUUAUCAUUUUUCAAUGUCUUUAGUUGGUAUUCGCUGUUACACUAUUUGCUUGAGAUUUGUUUCCUCUGUCUCAAUUCACUUGUUCCUCGAUUUCGCUUUAAGCUCACAUAUGCUAAUUAGAAUUGCUAAGUUACAUAAUCCUAAAAUAACAAGGCCAAAAAAAACUGUUUUUCGUUCUGAAGGACGGAGUAAGCCCCUAGUUAACGGAAACACAAUUUAA